CCGCAAUGAUUUGGUUUGAAUCAAUAGGGGCCUAUCUAUUAUCUAAAUGUACGUAAGAGACAAGACUAGAAUCCGUGACAACACACAAACGAUUUAUCUACUGAGCUUAUGUAAAUAAAAAACAAAAGGCUCAUUGAGGUUCAAAAUGGGAAACAAAUCAAGUAAAGAGAAAAGCAAACGUACCAUACAUACAGGUCAGCAACGUUUCAAAAUGGGAAACAAAUCAAGUAAAGAGAAAAGCAAACGUACCAUACAUACAGAUGAUGCUGUUAAGGGCGUGACAGAUGCCAAGUUCAAAAAGGAGAUAUUCAUGUCUUCUUUUAGUAACGAAAAAAAGAUUUCAAGAUGUAUUUCUUAUGUUCUUACAAGCUCCAGUGCCAGUGAUUUAGAUAGCAAUCUAGAAGAUUCCACCAAAAAGUCAAGCUACAAACGCUCAUCGUUUCGCAGACAUGAGAGUGUUACAAAAUAUUUGAAAGUUCUUAAUUGUUCUACUGUAUCACUGAACAUAUACGGUCGUAUCUUAGAUGACAGUGAUCAAAUCGAUUCGGGUUGUCAUGAAGUCCAGGUUUUAAAUACAGAUGACGUUCAAGAGAUUAAACACUCAUUUUUAACCUGUAAGAAAAACCCAGAUCAUCACCAGUUCAUUCCUGUGGAUAACUUCGAUUUAAAACAUCUGCCAUCUAGAUGUAGAGAUGAUGAUUGGUAUAACUUGAUCAAAGCUGCAUCAACUUUGAGUGUACGAUUAGCUGUAAAAUGUGUCAGCAAUCAAAGGCCGCCGUUUUGGCCGGACAAGCAGCGUCCUUACCCAUUUUAUGGUACGCCAGAUAAUAAUAGAGUUCGAUUUGGAAGUGGGGCAAUCGAGCAAGUGACCAAGUACAUCAGAAGUGAAAAUGACGUCUGUCCUUGUAAAGACUGUCGGUUUUCUGCAAGUCCAAAACAAUCCUGGGGACUGGUUCGAGUCAGUACUGCUACUCAUGUUGUAUUUGACGACCUGGAAGCCAAGCACACAACUUGCAGAUUAUUUUACGACAACGAGACUAGUCCUGGGGUUGAUCUUGAAGUCAUCAAAGUUGACACCAGUGACGUGACAAGCGACUCGUGUGUAAGCUGAUCUGUGUAUCAUGUGACAUGUCCUUAGUUACUCAACUAGAACAAAUGGUCGACGCUUUCAUAAGUUCCUGGGAAAAAGCAUUCGAUCACUACUAUGAAGAUGAGAUCUUUGCACAAGAGAAGCUUGCUGUGAUAGUGUCCCAUCCCCAUGGCUACCAUAAGCACAUUUCGAUAGGACAGUGGGAAGAGAAUUUUCUAGAAACGGGGAAUGAAACAGUUCUCAAAAGAUUUACAUAUGACACCCCAACAUGUCCUGGAAGCGCUGGGGCCUAUGUUUUAAUCCCUGACUUCAACAACUAAAAAUUAAGACCAAGCACUGUAGCAAUUAUAUGAUAUUUGGAUAGUUAAAUAUUCAUGAAAAAAAGAUGUUUUCUUUAUGACCAUGUAGAGCCUUACUUAUCUUAAUGUAUUUACUAUUUACUCCUGAAUGUUUUGUAUCACAAUAGGUUUUAACUAUUUGCAUC